AUGUUACCACAAAUAAUAUGUGCACUGUUAACCACAAUAAGCCGUAUUCGCGUAUGUUGUUUGGAAAGCUUCAUCAAUUUUUCACGCAAAUUUCAGAUUGGAAAUGUUUUCUGGGUUCUUGUUGUAUUUUAUUUUAUAACAGUGUUUUGGUCGAAUCAUCGAAAAGUCAAAAUAUUUCAAGAUAUUCUCGAUUCCCAAAAAUUGAAAAACAAUAGUUUAUUGGAAAAUAUAAUACAUCAAUUAGAUUGUGAAUAUCCUGAUGAAUUGUUUUUCGUGGACACAUCGAAAACAGAUGAUAUUAUGAAUAAUUCAGAAGAUAAAUGUGCAAUUGUUAAUCAACUUUAUAAAUUCAAUUCUGAUCCAUUGUCAGACGAAGAAAAUCAAUAUCCAAUUGCAUAUGGAAUAUUAGCAUAUAAAGAUAUAACACAGGUAAAUUAUUCAAUAUUUAUCCAGUAUACAGAAUUAUUUUUAGUUUUUAUUUAUGUUAUCUGCAAUUUAUCAACCCCAAAAUGUAUAUUGUAUUGCAUAUCCACAAAAUGCUAAUGAAAAAUUUCGAAAGAUAAUCGGAAAUUUGGGAAAAUGCUGGAAAAACGUGUUUAUUUUUGAAAGAGCACCAAUAGAAUGGGGUGACUUCGAAAUAAUUAAUGCAGUAUAUGAUUGUCUCAAACAUUCAUCGAAUAUGAAAAACAAUAAUUGGAAAUAUUUUCAAUAUUUAUCGGGUUUUGAUGUUCCUUUAAAAACAAAUUUGGAAAUGGUUCGCAGUUUCAAAUCAUUGAAUAAUAUGCCAAAUUUACUUGUGGAAGUAUUUCAUACUUAUCGAUUUAUCAACGAAAAUGUUAGUUCUGGAAAUAUUCGAAAAUCUUACUUCAUUGAAAAUAAUUCCAGAUUUCUGAAUCGCCUCUUCCAAUAUGGAAAUCAUCCCUUUCAGCUUUGAUUCCACGAAAAACAGCCAAUUUCUUAACAAAUUCUGAUAUUCCAGAAAAACUUUUACGUUUUCUAAAUAACACUGAAAUAGCUGAUGAAUCGUUUUGGGCGACUUUACUUGGAAAUAAAGAUAUUUAUGAUGUUCCUGGAUCAUUUAAUGCAUUAGAUUCACCAAGAAAUAGUGAUCAACCAAUUGGAUAUAAACCUUAUAUUUCAAGACUACAAAUUUGGGAUAAUAAUAAUAUGUGUAAAGGAUAUAUAAAUCAUGGAAGUUGUGUUUUUGGAAUUAAUGAUUUAUUAUAUUUACGAAAAUCAAAACAUCUGGUUGCUCAUAAAUUUCAUUUGGAUUUUCAACCAGCAGCUUAUUUUUGUUUAUUGAAGGUAUGAAUUUUAAAACAAACUUUGGCUCUGUUUCAAUAAAAAUGUCCAAAAAUAUAAAAAUGUAUUUUUGGGCCUUUGCUGUUAGGUAGAACUAAAAUUUGUGAUUAUUUCAAAAAAAAAAAAUACUUUCAGGAACACUUCGAACGUUCUUAUAACAAAUUUGGAAAAUUAGUCAACUGA